UGUCUAAAUCCCUUCUUUUCUGACUUUUUUAAUUAUCCACACCCAAAGGCUCUGGGAAAUAUUGACCUCUUCCCUGCUCUCAGAACUAAUCCUGAGGUGAGAUUCAAUGACGGUGCUUAGAGUAAGAAAGUAGAAUGUGCACUAAUAGUAGGAGGCACUCUCAGAUUUCCCUCCAGAGUGGGAACCUGGAAUCUGGUUGGGAGAGAAACCAGAGAAUGGGAAGAGAAAAUGAGGGGCAUGAGAGUUACCAUCUCUCAGAGCCUGGUGGUGCACCUUAGGCAGUGGGUCUAGUUUGUACUUUGGUGUCUUUCUGGGAGCCCUUGAGCACCUGAUUUGGAUAUGCCAUAUACUUAUCUCUCAAUCAGGGACAGAAUUAUUGCUGCCCAUGCUAACAGACUCUAGCUCGGCUUCAUGAUCAGCCUAGGGUAGUUGAGGUAUUGUCACAGACACAUUAUCAAUAUGUUAGAGGAAGGAAGGAAAAAGGAUGAACAUCCAUGCACUGGCUGAUCUUCCUGAGCAUUCUAGCAGACGUGCAUGUAUCCAACAUCACUCUAUGCGUUUUCUCCCAUAUUCCACAGACGACUUUCCAGAAGAGAAUGACUCAGAGAAACAGCUCCUCGGUGACUGAGUUUAUCCUUGUGGGAUUAUCAGAACAAUCAGAGCUCCAGCUCUCCCUCUUCCUUCUAUUCUUAGGGAUCUAUGUGCUCACCAUGGUGGGAAACUUGGGCUUGAUCACUCUAAUUGGGCUGAAUUCUAGCCUUCACACCCCAAUGUAUUUUUUUGUCUUCAAUUUGUCCUUUAUAGAUCUCUGUUAUUCCUGUGUCUUUACCCCAAAAAUGCUGAAUGAUUUGGUGUCAGAAAAUACCAUCUCUUAUGUGGGAUGCAUGACUCAACUAUUUUUCUUCUGCUUGUUUGUCAAUUCUGAGUGCUAUGUAUUGGUGUCAAUGGCCUAUGAUCGCUAUGUGGCCAUCUGUAAUCCUCUUCUGUACUUGGUCACCAUGUCCCCACAAACCUGUUCUCUGCUGAUGUUUGGUUCAUAUGUGGUUGGUUUUGCUGGGGCCAUGGCCCACACUGGAAGUAUGCUGAGACUCACCUUCUGUGAUUCCAACAUUAUCAACCAUUAUCUGUGUGAAGUUCUCCCUCUCUUGCAGCUCUCCUGCACCAGCACCCAUGUAAAUGAGCUGGUGUUUUUUAUUGUGGUUGGAGUUGUCAUCACAAUAUCCAGUGUCAGCAUUUUCAUCUCUUAUGUUUUGAUUCUCUCCAACAUCCUCUGUAUUCCCUCUGCUGAGGGCAGAUCCAAAGCCUUUAGCACAUGUGGCUCCCACAUAGUUGCUGUUGCUCUGUUUUUUGGGUCAGGGGCAUUCACCUAUUUAACAACUUCUUUUCCUGGAUCUACAGACCAGGGUAAAUUUGCCUCAGUCUUCUACACCAAUGUGGUUCCCAUGCUUAACCCUUUGAUCUACAGUUUGAGGAAUAAGGAUGUUAAACUUGCCCUAUGCAAAACUCUGAAGAGAGUGCUCUUGUAACGGUUUUGCUUGAUUUGUUGGCAUUUGAUUCCUGGUAAGCAUCACACUCAAGUACCUUUUUAUCUACAGAUGGAGGGAUUUUAAUCUUUCAAUGGUGUCUUUUCUUUGUUUCUAAAAAUUGGAAAUCUCUUGUCUAUCCUAUUUUCUUGGAUUAGAUCAUUUUGUACCAUUUAAGUUGGUUCACUGCAUGAAACCUAGCAUCUAUUAUGUGCCUCGUGUUUACUGAACUCUGUACUAGGCUAAAGAGAUGAAUAAGAUGAGGCUCUAUGUCUUCCAUCCUUUUCCUGGCAGGCUAAAUGGGUUUGUCCAAGCAAAAAUACAUUUCUUGCUGGGAAAUGGAGCAGGCAGCAGUGUGAGAGCACAGGAGAGUAAAUUUAUUUUUUCCUCAAUUAUGGAAGCAGCUUUACCAACGACCAAAGGUAGAUACUUUGUUGCCAUAGGUAACAAAGUCUUUCAACCUUUAGAGGUUUCUUGGCUGGGAAGAUCAUAAGUCCACCCUUUCAUGUACAUAUAUGUACACACAGGAGAAGCCCUGGUCCAAGAAUUUUACAUGACCUGAAAUGUAAUGAUAAACUCAAACCAAAAUCUUUCUUUCAAAGUUUCAAAACUCCUGGCCUUUGGGAUGGUUAUCAUGAAGUAGGUGGCUGUGUA